AUGUUGUUUCUAUUUCUUUUCGCUUUUUUUGUCUCUUCUUUUGUUGGAUACAGACAAGAUGAGGUGCGGAACACACUUGUUUUUUCGCUGGUCCAACUGGAUCAGGAUUCAAAGGGUCCCUGGUCAAGGGGGACGUCCUCAUCCGGUACUAUAUUCAAUGAUACCAUUUUGAAUCCCAAAAUUGCAACUGCAUCCCAAAGUAUUACGGAAUCCGCCACCAAUUUCCAUUCUUCCUUUUUCUCGCAUAACCUGUCUUCAUCUUUCAGUCGUGAUUCGACUUCGCUGCCGAAGAGCUCCGUGACAGGCAGUGACAUAUUGAUAGCAGGCAUCUUGCCAAAACAGUCACUGCUGGUACCGGUACUUUACGGUGCUCAGGCCAGGAACUUCGACUUGGAGCCAGACAUAUGGAUGGGCGGGCUGGCGCCCCGAGAGGCAUUCAACCGGGCCUGGCGGGAAAAAUUGUACUCCCGACAAGGAUUUCAGGUUAGUUGCAAUACAGUUUUUUUAAAGCCUACAUUCAUCUCUUGGGUUUAA